AUGCCUCGCCGCCAUCACCACCAUCACAGGAGUCAGCGCCACACGGUUCAGGAAGGCCUUUGGGCCCAAAGAGAGGCACAGGGCCUGCUGGGUGCAGAGGCUCCCGGGGCUCAGGAGCGGGGGGUGGCUGCCUCCUCUUCUACUGUGACCCUGGGCACCCUGGAGGAGGUGCCGGCUGCUGUGACACGGAGUCCUCCUGGAAGUCCUCAGGGAGCCUCCUCCUCCCCCACUGGCCUGGCUUCCAAUCCAGGGUGCCACUCCAAUGAAGGCUCCGGCAACCAAGAAGAGGAGGGGCCAAGCACCUCCCAGGACCCGGCAGACCGCGUGUCUGUGCCGCGAGAGGCACUAGAAGAGAAGAUGUCCGAUUUGAUUCAUUCCCUGCUCCUCAAGUAUCGAAUCAAGGAGCUGAUCACCAAGGAAGAAAUGCUGGAUAUUGUCAUCAAAGAUUACCAAGAUCACUUCGCUGAGAUCUUCAGAGAAGCCUCCGACUGCAUACAGCUGGUCUUUGGAGUCGACGUGAAGGAAGUUGACCCCGUCGGCCAGUCCUAGAUCCUUGUCACCUCGGUGGGCCUCACCUACUAUGAGGAGCUGAAUGAUGACCAGCGCUUUCCCAAGGCCGGCCUCCUGAUCAUUGUCCUGGGCUUGAUCUUCUUGGAGGGAGAUUGUGCCCCGGAGGAGGUCAUCUGGGAAGGGCUGGGUGUGAUGGGGGUGCAUGCUGGGACGGAGCAUGUAAUGUACGGGGAACCCCGGAAGCUCGUCACCCAGGAUUGGGUGCAGGAAGGGUACCUGGAGUACCGGCAGGUACCCGACAGCGAUCCUGCAUGUUAUGAGUUCCUGUGGGGUCCGAGGGCCCAUGCUGAAACCAACAACAUGAAAGUCCUUUAGUAUGUGGCCAAGGUCAAUGGGUGUGAUCCCACAUCCUUGCCUCUCCUGUAUGAAGAAGCUUUGAGAAAUGAGAAAGAGGGAUUGUGA